GAUUUCAUUUUAAAUUUUCUGAUUUUGUCCCACAGUUAAAAUGUAGUUACCAAGUCAAACAUGCUUAAAUUUCCCUAACCAAAUUGCAUUUAAGAGGAUUUUGCGAAUAUUUGUUGCCAAAUUAUUUUGUGAUUAGUAUGAUUAUGAUCACUACACCAGAGUGUGAUACUUUUGGAAAGAUUGAAUAGUUUCAGAGCAUUGAGAGUUCAAAGACCUGGGUAUGCUUUAUUUUAUUAAGGUGAUCAAAAUUUACAGGCUUUAAAACUCUUCAUGCCUUAGAGGUCCUUCUCCCUUCUCUCACAUUUUUAUCAUUUAGGUGAAAACGGACUCUGAAUAUUAGAUAUUGCAUUCCCCUAGAGGCAAUUCAUGAUAUGAGCUCUUGCAGCUGCUGCCUCGUUUGUUGUAGUCUUUCCCGUCUACGAAAGUGCUUCGAGAAUACGUGUACUUAACUGAUCUUGUCUUAGCUUAAAGCAGCCGCGCGCUUUUCUGUCACACUGGAAGGGGGUGUGGUUGAGGGGGGGGGGAGGGGCGCCCCCCGUGCUGAUGAGAUGAACACUCAGUUUCUUUGCUGUCCUGUAAAGGCAUGUCUUAGGUUGUCAGUGAGAUUCGCCCUCGUGUACGGGCUGCGAAGUAGGAGAAGUAUUUGGAUUGGUUUGAGAGGAAGAGGAUAUGGGCCAUUUGACGUGUGGAGUUUGUCUUUCAAAUCUGGAGAAAGACGGUGGAGACGAGUUGUCGGCGUUGGAAGACCACCUGCAGCGGACGUCUUACGACGAGUUGUGGUUUAAGCUGCAAUUUAUCGGCUUUUUUCAGCCUCAGAAAAGAGAUGAACUACCAGAAUACAUUUGUACUGGAUGUGCUUCACGAACUGAAGAUGCUUAUGAACUGAAACUACAGUGCCUUAAAACAAGUGCGGCAUACUGCUGUGGCAGUAUCACACCAUUGCCCAUAAAGGAUCUUAACUCGAACAACCAAUUUGGUAAAGAAUUACCAGCAUGCUUUGAACCCACAUCAGCAAGCUCACCGAAAAAUCUACCAGACCCUAUUGAGACUGCCUCGAAUGAAGAGUCUGGCACUUCAACUAUACCCACGAUUUUAGCAAGUGCUUACGACAUGUUUGCAUGUGUACAAAGUCUGUCAACGACCCUAAAAUAUAAUAUGUCACUCCUGUCAGAUGCCAUACAUUACAUGGAGAACACGAUUUCUCUCUUGACUGUAUUGUUUCCUCUGAAAGAAAUAAGUGAUGCCAUAAAGAAGAGUGUUCAAACUAUAAAAAGUGAAGCUGAGUCAUGGAAGAUUCGGUCAUCAAUGUUGCAUGAUGCCGCUAGUUUUGUGCGGCAGGUUUCCAGUCAAAAUUUUUUGUCUGGUAUAGCAAAAUCUGCCAAAGAAUCUCUUAAAACUAAAACUAUCAAAUCUCCCAAACCAACACUGACAACUACUAGCAGUAGUAGUAAUGGUUCAGUUGUGGCCCCGAGCAACAUUCUGCCAGAUAACAAACUAAUUUCACCAAAUUCCUCAUCAGUGCCAAAUUCUGAUUCAGAAGUAUUGAGAAAGGAAAAUGAUAAUAGCACUGAAACUACUCAAGGAAAUGGCAAUCUUUCUUGUGAUGAAGUUCAGUUUGUUCGUCGAAGCUUUCGGAGUAGGUGUAGUGUGGACCAUCUUGUUUAUUGGCCAUCUUUCAGGAAGCAGGGAACAAGCAACAGCAAGUCUGGGAGUAAAUUGAAGUCCUCCAAAAAAUGUAUGGAAUUACCUAGGACGUCAACUGAAGCAUUGGAUAGCUUACUGCUGAAGAGAGAGGUAGACACAGACUCCCCAAAACUUCAAAAAACUGUCAAGGAUGAAAAGUGGUCAAUUGUUCCAAAAAAGAAAGCAUUGAAUGAUACUCACAAUGAUCCUGUUGAAGGGAUUGCUUCAAAAGUGGAAGAUACUAAAGGUGGACUUUCAAAAUCCCAAAACUCUAGUGAGGGUUCAUUAAAAAUAUGUGGUAUAUGUGACAAGGUCCUCAGCUCAAAUAGAAACCUUCAGGCCCAUAUGAAAAUGCACACAGGGUCUUCCCCAUUCCCAUGUAGCUAUUGUAAUAAAAGUUUUUCUUCUGGGUGGAAUAGGGCACAGCAUGAACGGGUGCAUACUGGAGUUAAGCCGUAUGUUUGUGACAUAUGCCAAGAGUCCUUUAGGUACAAUGUUACUCUUCGACACCAUAAAGAAAAGAGACACACUGUUUAAUAGUACUCUAAGUUAUUAUUUCUUCGCUCAAAAAAACCUGUACAGGUUUAAAAAGUGAUAAUUCAAGUGCCAUUUGUUUUUGUUGACUUCCUAUUUCUGUUUUGUUUUUCUGUAUUAUUGGGGCACUUGUGGCUAUUUGCAUGUGUGACUGAAUUAUAAAAAUAAAGUAACUAGAAUUUUGUA